AUGUUUCUCAAGCCUCUCGAUUCAGCGGGUGAAAAACACGGGUCGCAACGCAAAUCCACUGAGUCCAGCCAGGAACUCUGCCGAGAGGUCGACCUCUGGAUCGAGUUUCUUGCUGUAAGCGGGAUGGCUCCACAAGGCUAUGAGCUGGACAAAUCUCCAGCCCCCAACACUGUUCUGAUCAAAGUGUUUAUCUGGUGGGGCUUUGCGACAGCCACUGGAAGCGCGAUUGCUGCAAAAGACCGUUCGAAAAUCUACAGGUGGAUCAGAUUUGACCUGUAUGGUCACGGGACUUAA